UGCAACAACAUUUGGCCCUCUAGUCGAUAACAACGACCAUGGAGGUCUGGAGCGACGAGCCUAAAAAAAAUAAAACAACAACAACGCGACCGCGCAACGACCGACUGGAGGCCGAGUCGAAAGUCGGGCCCAACAGCGAGAAGAUCAAGUCGGACGUGUUUCACACGCUCGCGCCGAUCUACCACAUGAGCAAGAUCUUUGGCCUAUUGCCGGUCAAGUUUACCAAAGACAGCGGGGGGAGGUACAGGGGCCGUCUCCAGGGCUCCCAAAUCAUCUACGGAAUAGUCGUUCUGCUCGGGUACAUGGGAGCCCAGUGCUACGGGCUCUAUCGGGACCUGAGAAACGGCUGGCAGAACAGUACGAGGCUGUCCUCGGAGACGGCCAUCACGGUCACCUGCAGCGACGUCCUGGCGGUCAUCAGCGUCGUCACCUCGGCCAUUAUCGGCUCCUCCUUUCGCUGGCGUCACCUCCAGGCCGCUCUCAACAUGAUUGUCGAUGUCGACGAGAAGCUGGGGAUCAUGACCUCGAAGAAUCUGCGGAGAGGUUCGAUCAUCGUGAUAUCGUGUACCUUUGUUUACCUCGUGACCAUAUCAUUGCUCGACUACAUAUCUUGGAGCUACUCCUUCGACAAGAAAAACGUCCAGGUGUACGACGACAAGGGCCCCAUCAAUUACAGCCCGAUUUAUUUCAUGUACAUCGUCAUCAUGACCUUCGAGAUGCAGUACGCGCUGGUGCUCUUCAACGUCGGCGAGCGUUUUCUCAAGCUCAACAAGACCAUCGAGAAUCUCACCAAGACCAAUCUCAUCAUCGAGUACUUUCGCAAGGACAUGGGACUGACUGCUCCCUCGGAUCCUCGGAAAAAUUUGUUCCAAGCUAUUUCGUUCGUCUCCUCCGAUAUCGGACACUCGCGACUGCGUCGAACGAACAAGGUCUCGGAUUUCAUCGUAUCUAGCGAAGGAAACGGAGGCACGUCGGAGGCUAUCGAUCAGCUGAUAACUCUGCACGGGACGCUCUGCGACUGUAUAAUACGCAUCAACAAAGCGUACGGUGGAACCAUACUCAUCGGCACCAUCAGUUGCUUGAUACACCUGAUAAUAACACCGUACUUCUUGUACAACGAGAUCUACCUCGACAACAGCAGCAACUGGUACGUCCUCGCCCUCCAAGUUUUUUGGAUCAUUUUUCACGUCUACCGAUUACUGCUGUUCGUCCAGCCCUGCUACAUGGUCUCGGUCAAGGCCAAAAUCACCGGUGCUCUAGUGAGCCAAGCGCUAGCUCAAAAUUGGGAUCCCAAAGCAAAGAAACAAUUGGAAAUUUUCUCGCUGCAGCUGUUACACAGACCGGUCGAGUUCACUGCGUGCGGACUUUUCUUCCUGGACAGAGGCCUCGUCACAUCGAUAGUCGGCGCAGUCACCACGUACCUUGUCAUCUUGGUACAGUUUCAAAAUGCCGAUGAUACCAAGGGAACGAAGCAUUUAUUGCAAAACGCCACGGAGCUGCUCAAAAAUGCCUCAAGCUUUAAAAAUAUCAGCGUGUUUAAAAACACUUCCUAAUACAUCAAUCAAUCGAGCAGAAAACGUAUUGCUACGUCAAAGAUGCGCACGUGCAAUCGCUAUCUGAGAACCAUAAAUACGCGAUUAACGUCUAAAGACAGUAAAGAACGCGAAAAUACUUUUACUUUUUU